AAUUUGUUUUCUUGCGGUUUAAAAAUAUAACAAACAUAGGGGUGGACUUCCGGGUGUGUCUGUCAAAAUUUCCCGCGAUUCGUCAUACAAUUUGGCAGAGAAUAAGAUAACAAGAAGUUUAUUUGGGGACCAAUUGCCCAUUGACCAGUUUUAGAGACCAGUCCGUUGUGUGUGAAAAAAUGUCGGAUUUCGAUGACCUUAUGAAUCUAGGGGAGUCUACACCCCAGACGGGUGGUGGCGGUGGCGACCCGUUUGACCCCUAUAGUGGUGGGACAUCAGUGGGUGGCAAUCUGCUGGAUUUUGAUGGACUGGGAUCAUUGGAUGGUAGUAGUGGUGCCAAAAGUUUUGCUGCCAACACAAAUCCCUUGUACGAGUUCACAAAUUCAUCAAGCAAGAUGUCAGCCAACACAGAUGAUCAGUUGCUGGACUUCAUGGGCGAGGCCCCUGCCCCUCAGAAAGAUGUGAAGCAAGAACCGUCAAAUCCCCUUUAUGACUUUAUGAACAAUGAGACAAACAUUGAACAGACAAAUGGUUAUGAUGGAGACUUGUUGAAUGGAGGAAAUGAAUAUGAAAGUGGAAAUGUUCAUGAAGAAGUGAACGACAAUAACAAUUUGGAUUUUCUGGACACAAGAAAUUCUGAAAUGAUGGAGACCAGAAAUACGGAAAUGUUCGAAACAAGAAACACAGAAUUUAUGGAUACAAGAAAUACAGAAAUCGAAGAAGCUGAAGAAGAGGCUCAGGAUGAAGAAGAUGCAGAAAUAGUUGCAGAUGAGUCAGGACCGUUCACAAGUGAUGAUUCUGGUGUUACUGUGGAUCUUAAAGAAGUUGAAGAGCAGCAAAGGGCAACUACUCCUGAACCAGAGGAUGAUGAGGAUCAUGUGGGUAGUAAAGUGGAAGAAGUGGUAGUUGAAAAGAAAGAGGAGUUUGAAGUAGCUGCAAUCGGACCAGUAGAUUUUGAGCAAGGACCAGAAACUGAAAGGACCAAAAUUGAAGAAAAUUCUACCAAAACCUCUGCAAAUGUGGAAGAGGAAGUAGAAUGUGCUUUUGAACCUGAAGUGGCCAAACCAGAUGAAAACCAAGAUGAAAAUGUGGAAGAUGUGGUAGAAUGUGGUUACAUGCAUGAACCUGGAGUGGCCAUUCCAGAUGAAAACCAAGAUGAAAAUGUGGAAGAAAAUGCAGGAAAUGUUGAAGGCACUUUUGAUGCACAUGAAGUAAAAGCUGAUGAUGCUAAACCUAAUGCUGACGACAAGAUGACCAGUGCAGAUGAAAACCAAGCCGAAAUUGCUGAUGAAUUAACUGAAGAUACUUCUGGUACUGUGGCUGAAGAGAAGGAAGACGUUGAAGAGGAAAAGGAUGAAAUGGGAAAAGAAGAAAAUAUAAAUGCAGAAGAGGAAGUAAUUGAGGAGCAGAUUCCAAUCCAGAAACCUAAUCAUGCAAAAGCAGAAUAUGAAACUCAAGAUGCUGAAAAGUAUGAAGAUACCAAUAUAGAGCCAGAAGAGCUAAUCCAGGAGAUAGAAGAAAAGAAGUCUGUAGCAGAGACUGAGACAGUUGCAGAAACACAGAUGGGAAAUCAAGAAAGUGAGGAAAGGGUGGAAAGUCAGGCAGAUGAAGAUGAACAAGUGCAGAAUGCAGUUGAAUAUGAGAAGCCAGCUUCUAUUGUCGUUUUGAGCGAUGAUGCCCCUUCCAGUCCAGGACUGAGAGAAACCUCAGAGAAUGCCCUGAAGAUGAAUGGCACCAGCGACAUUCGAGAAAACGGUGCAGAGGAAGAUGAUACAGUAAGAGACCCAAAUAUCUUCAGAGAGACGAGAGAGAAGGAGGAGGUGCGCUUUGCUGAGAUGAACAAUGUCCGCCAGAAAUUUGAAACAGGAAAUGCGCGCUCAGAAGAACCUACUCCCCGUUCAUCCAUAUCUGUGCGGGACGAAUACGACCAGGGUGGAGAAUUUGAAAAUGAACCUGUCAGAAACCCUGACGUCAUACGGGAAUGUGAUCAUGCUGCAGAGGAACUCCCAGAGGUGGGAUCUGCAAAAAAUCUGGUCAACCGCUUCAAAUCCAUCCAAGAAGAGCAAGCCAAGCCAGUUUCAAGCGGAAAACGAAUUUCCCCACCCAGGACAGAUGAGAAGGUGGAAUAUGAAAGUCAGCCAACUGCUCACAUGGAGCAGUAUCAAGGUCAGAGCGAGGCAGGUGAGUUCGAAAGCCAACCGAAAGAAAUAGGUGAGGUUGUUCGGUCUGGGGAUGUGACAGAGGACUUUCAGCCAGAGAAAGGCUACGCAAAAAACAUAAUGAACAAAUUUAAGGAGAUUCAGUCAGAGACGAGUCAGCAUAAGUCGCCCAAUAAGAGAGAAAUCACUCCAGAUCGUUCCGGAAAAGUGGAGUAUGUGAGCGAGCCACGUGGACAAAAGAUAGUUAAUGAGGAAGCACGCACGGAUUCAGGCGUUUUUGAAAAUGUGCCAAAGGCGGAAGAAGAUGUGGUGAGGUCUGGUGAUAAAGUGGAAGAGCCCCUUCCCGAACAAGGUAUGGCCCAAAAUCUGGUGUCAAAGUUUAAGCAGAUGGAGGCAAGCAGUGGCUACAAAGCACCAUCAUCUCCAAAACGGGAGAUAACUCCCGAUCGGUCUGGCAAGGUUGAAUAUGUGAGUGAACCUAAAGGAUUCCUAGAAAAAUAUGAACCCCCUGUUGAAUCUGGGGAAUUCGAGAAUAAGCCAGUCAGUCGCCCAGAAGUUGUGAGGUCUGGAGAAGCCACCGAGGAAGUUCUGCCAGAAGUUGGUUCUGCAAAGAAAGCAAUGGAACGUUUCAAAGAAAUUCAGAAGCAGUCAACGUCUCCUGUUAGUUCCAAAAGCAAAGAAAUUACCCCGCCGCGAGAAACUAGCCCUGGAAAAACAGUAGCAGGAGUGGUGGAGAAUACUCCACAGUCGAGACCAGAUGUUGUGAGGUCUGGAGAUGCCAUACAAGAAGAGCUCCCUGCACAAGGGACAGCAAGGAAUAUACUCAAUAAGUUCAAAGAUAUUCAGGCCAGUGAGUCAAAGUCCACUUCCCCCGGACGCAAGCCGAAGGAAUUUACCCCUCCGCCAGAGUCUGGGGUAUAUGAAAAUACCCCCAAGAAACACCUAGAUGUUGAAGUACGUCAAUCUGAGAGUGGUGUAAUAGAAAACACGCCAGCAAGGUCUGCUGCGGAUGUUGCAAGGGAAAGAGAGAGCGCUAGUCCUGAAUCUGAGCUGCCUGAGCAAGGUUUAGCAAAGAACUUGGUCUCAAAAUGGAAGCAACUGGAGUCAUCAGCUAGUGCCAAAUCUCCAACAACUGCAUCUCCUAAGUUUAAAGAAUUCACCCCACCACGAGAUACCAGAGGGCCACUGAGCCCGAAAUCCCCUUCGGGCGUAGCCUCUAAUGGAGUGCACCCAAGUCAGCUUCCGGGACAGUACCAGCCGAUAGAGGCCCCUGGACUGUAUGAGAACGACCCGGAGCGGAAAGCUGACGUGUACCGUGAGUCAGAUACAGACUGGGAGGCAGGAAUGCCUGCAAAGAACACAACAGCGUCCAUGCUGGAGAAAUUCAAGACUAUUCAGCAGAAGGCUUCAGAGGAUGUGAAGUCUCCAACGACUCCUACUAAGAAGGAAAGCACACAUAUUCAAGAAGAAUUCGAGGACAAGACUAUGUUCCGAGUUGCACAAACUGAAAAGUGUUCAGCAUGCGAAAAAACAGUGUAUGCGAUGGAAAAACUAGAGAUGAACGGCCUUGUUUAUCAUAAGAACUGCUUCAAAUGUUCCCAUUGUAGCUCACGAUUAACGCCAAAAACGUUCAGCAUGAAUGAGGGGGUGAUAUACUGUGUGAACCACUUCAAGCAACUGUUUGCACGCAAAGGGAACUAUGACGAGGGAUUCGGCAGACAGCAGUAUAAGAAAGUAUGGGAAGAAAAAAAGAAAGAAGACGCUUCCGCCUAGAAAUUAGCUAGCUUCUCAUCAUUUCUUUGUUGAUUUAGUUUUUGUGUCCAUAUCCCUUUCCCACUCAGAAGCAAUGUGAAAAUAACUAAGCAACAAGCAUAAAACCAGAACAGCCUGUGCGUAACUUGCAGGCUAUUCAGGUUUUAUGCUGUUUGCUUAUAAUCAGUAUCUUACGAUUGGAAAUGAUAAUUUUUUUAACUUGAAUCUAUUAAGAAAGGCCUUUUAUAUUAUUGGAUUUUGUGAGGGACUGCGAACAAGUCAUUAAGUGUCUCUGAGCUGGAGAGGGUUAUGCGUUGUUAUGCAAUACCAAUAUAUAAUGAUACUCUAACAGGAUAAAAAGUUGUUAUGCAAUACCAAUAUAUAAUGAUACUCUAACAAGAUAAAAAGAUAACUUGAUAGUUUUAUUGGACAAAGUAGAAUGCUAAAUUAAUGGUACAUAUUGUUUUGAGUUCUUAACUGUUCGUCAGGAAUUUUGUCGUUCUGUUAUUUGUCAUAUUGAAAAUCAAAAUAUUUGGGUUAAAUAAUCCUAUAACUUUGACAAAACCCAUAAUACUUGAACAUUGUUGUAUUUCAUUUUUGAAAGGUAUUGCAAUAUUUUAUAAUAAUAAUAAUGGACAAUAAUCAAUUUACAUAACAUAUUUAAUCAUCCACCAGUAGAAAUGUGUGCACAUGACAGAAAAUGUUAACAUGUUUAUUGUAUAUAUGAAAGACAGUAUUUGUAGCCUUAUGUUGCCUUACUAAUUCCAGCAAUCAUCUCAUUGUGUAAAUACAUCAUAGCAUGCUUUACUGGAACAAGCUCACUGAUAGAACAUGUCUCCCAUCAAAGACAAUGAGUUUUUUUAAAUAGCUUAAAAAAAAUGUUAACAGUUUCAGUUUAUUUGCAAUCAUCACAAAAACAAGUUUAUGUGGAACGAUAAUGUAGUUGUUUGUGUCUAAGUAUUUUUAUGAGUGCGAUUGUAACAACAAAGUGAAUAGGAUACUUGGGUAAUAAGUUACUUAAAAUUCCAUACUGAAUAUAUUUAUAAAUGUCUAACUAAUUCCCUUACAUGAUGAUAUGAUGUAAACUCAUUUGUGACUUGAUGCCCUGUAUAAAGCUUUUAUGUAGCUCUUGUCUUAGGUAGGUUCAUGUUGUACAAGUUGCUUAUAAAAUUGCAUGGCUGUGUGAGUAGUAUGGAUGGUUAUUGACCUUGCAUAAUUGAUCUAUAAUUUGUGCACAUAUUUCUUCAAAAUUUUGAUAAACAUUACAGUCAGUUAUGAAUUUUCAUAUGGAUAAGUACCUUGAUUAAAGUGAAAGGCUAAAUUAAAAUGUGUGAAUUCAAAAAUGGUCAAAGUUGUGUUUGAAGUAAUAAUACAACAUCAAGCAAGUUUGUCUUCCAUCUUUCGAUUUGACUGGACAACCUUUUUUCGUUCUAAUGCACAAAUUAUUUGUGGACUACGAAUUAAUUGUUGGUUGCUUCAGACAAGCUGAUCUAUAUAUAUAGUGAUGAAAAAUGAGUUUAAGUACUGGAAGGAAAUGGUUUAGUACUUAACAGUCCAUUUUGUAAAACUUUGUGAGCAAGAAUUCAUCAUUUUGGAAAUAUUAAAAUAAAAAUAUUCAAGCUCAUAGAAACCAUAAACAAUAUUGUUAUUGUAGGAAGAAAGUUAUAAUAUUGUACAAAUUAUCAGUACAAAAAAAGAUAAAUACAAUAAUGUUUACUUUGGUUUCUCCAAGUAUAAAUACAGGUUUACAAGACCAGUAUGAUAAGUAAUAAGUGAUAUAACGGUUAGAUGGUCAUGCAUUUUGUAAUGGGAGAAUGUACUUUACUGAGUGUUUGUGUGACAUGAAUGUUGUUGGCAAUUUAUGUUUUAUUGUCACUUUGUUCAUUCAGCUACAUACUGUGCUAUAUGGCUUGAUUUCUCACUGUUUAUUUUGUUGUUUGCGUAGUUUAAGUAUUAUAAUUUAUGUAUCAUAUGUACCUUUAAUUUAUAUCUUUCUUUUCUUUGAUUAUUUUAUACUUUCAUUUAGUAUAAUAUGCAAUUUAAGUUCAUAUACUUGUAUGCUCCUUAUUUGCAUUACAAAUUGCUUGUUUUCUGAUACGUAUGAUCAAAAUAAUUAAAUUAAAUUGUGUAACGAAGUAUUUGUUCUUUUCUGUCACUAUUUAUUUUCCAAGUUUUAACUGCAAUUGAUAAAUGUUAUGAAAUUAUAAAACCAGGCAACUCUAUGGUAUCGAUCAAAGUUUGGUCAUUGAAGAUUCUAAAAGUAUUAAAAACCUCACAUGUUUCACAAUUGAAAAAAAGUUUUUUGUUUUUACAUAAACAUUUCUGACAUCUGUUACAUGUUGCACAGACAGAAUGUAGUCACUGUGAACCAUUUAUAAGUUCAAAUCAAUAUUUGAUUUCUUAACCAAGUGUAUUUUGUUAACUUUGUUAGAACUUUAAGAUCUAUUAAACAGCAAAUUUUUAUAAAUGUAAGAUGGCAAGUUUAUUGUAUACACCAAGUAUGUUUGUUUUGUAUGAUAUAUGUUAUGAUGUGAUGUGAAUAUUUUUCUACCACGCUGUAUGCUUAUAGCAACUGCAAUUUUCUAGAAACAAAUCAUAGACUUUGCAACUUUUGCAUAAAUAAACUGAACAAAGUACACAA